GGUCUAGUCUUCAAUUGGUCGCGGCUACAUCACUGUUUUACACCCUCGCAGCUCGAUUGCUGACAUAAGGAUGGAAUGACGGUGCGGGCAUUGGGUGGCGAUUGACGACGAGAUCGCCUACCUCAUCACAUUACAUCACGCAUAUCAAAUCUAAUACCACGACCGACAUGGCCUCUCCAAACCUUUCCUUCCUCCAGCUCCCCGCGGAGUUGCGUGAGAAGAUCUACCUCCUGACUCUACUCCAUCUCGACGUAAAAUGCACCGUCCUCGACGACAUUCAACAUUCUUGCACCACACGCGGCACUCAUGCGACCCUCGUUGCCAAUCCCACCGCGAGACUCGCACAUCACAUCCCAUGGAUGAACCUAGCGCUUACAUGCAAAACCAUACGAGCGGAUCUGAAGGCCAUCCAUGCCCGCUCUUCCUUCCUCGCAGGCGUCGAGAAUCGAACAUAUGUCCUGGACCUCGACAUCUACAACGGAGAUCCGAGUACGACCAUACGAAAGGCCGUGUGGCGCCGAAUGCCGUGCUCACCUGACCUCGUCCACACUCUUGUCAUCAAUGUAGCCGCUCAAACUGGCAAUGGUCCUUGGUCGGAAGGGGGCCCCGCCUCUCUCGCGCGAGCCAUCUACCAACUCCUCAACCACUUCUGCCACAACGGGCCCCUCCUCCACCGCGAGACCGCCAUCCCCAACAACAUCCGCAUCCGCGACCUCAUCGUCAACAUCGACAUCGGCGGCCUGAUGAAACCGCCGCGCGCAGGCUGCAACGUCGAUCCGCGCUUCAACUACGCCCUGCUGCUCUCCGGCUUCGAGCAGAUUUCCCGGAUGGGGUAUUUGUUUGGGUAUGUGGCGAACAUUCAUGUCUGCGGGCAGGGGGAGUAUGCGCAGCAAUUGUUUAUGGUGGAUGCGUUGGGGGUGCAGGCCGUGCCUGGCGCGUGGAAGAAUUACGGCUUUUCGUGGGGGGUGUAAGGUAGUGGUUGUGAGACGUUCCUGUUG